AUGACUGCGUCCACUGAGCCCAAGCGCGACGACGCGGGCCAGCUCGAGUCGGGCCCCGACACUGUCCAGCCCGUUGUGUCUCAGACCGACGGCGCUGCCGGCAAUCUGAAGGAGGGCCUCGAGGGACUGCUGCUUGCUGCAACGCUCGGAGCCGUCGACAAGGUUGAGAUUGGCACUGCGUCUCUCUAUGGGUUCCAGACCGACAAUGGAUUCCAUGGCCAGCAAUACAGCUGGUUGGGCAGUGUUCUUCCCCUCGGCACUGUGCUUGGUCUCAUUCCCGUCUCGUACCUCAUCCAGCGAAUGCCCGUGGGCAAGUUCCUGGCCACUGCUUCCCUCCUUUGGUCCAUUCUCACCAUUAUCUACGCUCCUUGCCGCUCCUGGAGCGGCUUCAUGGCCCUGAGAUUCUGGAUGGGCUUCCUCGAGGCUGCCAUCACCCCGACCAUCACGUACAUCAUCGUUGCCUUCUACAAGAAGGAAGAGCAGGCUCCUCGCAACGCCAUCGUCUUUGCGUACAUCUCGUCCAUCUUCAACGGCUUCUUCGCCUUCGUCGUCGGCAAGAUCCCCGGCUCUGCUCCCUUGUUCAAGUGGCAGUAUCUGUACAUCAUUACCGGCUCCAUCAACAUCGCCUACAGCUUGUUCCUCUUCUUCAUCCUCCCCGACGGCCCCAUGAACGCCCGCUUCCUCACUCCUGAGGAGAGGUACCACGCUACCCAGCGUCUGGCUUCCAACCGUACUGGUAUCGCCAACCGCGUUUGGAAGUGGGACCAGGUCCUCGAGGCGUUCCUCGACGUCAAGGUCUGGCUCGUCUUCCUGUUCAACAUCGUCAUCAACAUCCCCAACGGCGGUCUCGUCACCUUUGGCUCCAUCAUCAUUGGCGAUCUGGGUUUCAGCGCUCUCAACGCUAGCUUGCUCACCAUGCCAUUCGGUGUCGUUGCCACUGGCGGCGCUUGGUUCUUCAGCUACAUUGCUUCCCGCUGGCACAACCGCCGAACUCUGGUCGCCUGCAUUGCGCUCCUCCUGCCUAUCCUCGGCACUGCUCUGGUGUAUGCCAUCCCGCGCACGAACCAGGCAGGCCAGUUGGUCGGUGUCUACUUUAUGUACUUCUACUGGCCGCCCUAUGUUAUCGGCAUCUCCCUGCCCCAGGCCAACACCGCCGGACAGACCAAAAAGGCCGUGACCUACUGCCUCGUCACCAUCGGCUACGCCGUCGGCAACCUGGUCGGCCCGCAGACCUUCCGUGCCGACCAGGCCCCCAAGUACACCGCCGGCGUCGUUGCCAUGCUCAUCAGCUACUGCAUCUGCAUGGCCAUCCUGCUCACCUACUGGGUGGUCGCCACCUGGGAGAACAGGCGCAAGGACCGCAUGUACGGCAAGCCCGAGGCCGUGCACGAGGGCACUCUGGAGGGCUUCGAGGACGUUACCGACAAGCACCAGCAGAACUUCCGGUACACUACGUAA